UUCAGUAAUCAUUAAAAAAAAUGACAUCGACUGCUGAACUUUGACACAAAGUUUUGACAUGGUUUUGACAUCUGAUUUGUUGACAAAAAGUAUUAAAAAGUGGUAGUAAACACCAAAACACCUUAUUUUUUAGGUAAUUCAUUGAAGCUGGAGGAACAGUAGAUAUUUACAAAAAAGAAUAAUGUGGAUAUUUGGAUAUGGGUCACUUGUGUGGAAGGCAGAUUUCAAAUUUGAGUACAAAGUAGUAGGUUACAUAAAAGGUUAUUUACGACUAUUUUACCAACAUAGCAUCGAUCAUCGAGGUGUACCUGAGAAACCAGGCAGAGUUGUGACCCUAAUACAAAGCAGUGACCCAAACAGUAAAGUAUGGGGUGUAGCUUACAAAAUAAGACCUGAAGAUGCAGCCCAAGUUUCCAAACACCUGGACUUCAGAGAAAAGAAUGGGUACAGCAAGAAAACUGUCACAUUCCACCCUAAAGAUAAUAAUAUAGAACCAUUCCAAUUGACACUAUAUGUAGCGACGGAAGACAAUGAAUCUUAUGCAGGUGAAGCAUCUAUAGAAGAAAUUGCCAAACAGGUUGUAAGCUGCAAGGGUCCUAGCGGGACCAACAAGGAGUAUGUAUACAAUUUAGCGGCCGCCAUGAGAGAAUUAGCACCUGACGUUGAAGAUGACCACCUCUUCUCACUGGAAGCAGCUGUUAGGAGACUGGAUACAGAUACCAAAAAGACUUGAGUGUGAUAUUUUUUUAGUCUUAAUGUAGAUUAAUUUUGCUGUGAG